UCACCGCCAGACUGCCGCACAAACCCGCUAACUCAGGCUGAAACCCGUAGCUGAAAGAAGAACCUCCACAGAUGUCAUAAAGGUAAUCCUCAUCAUGAAUAGUAAGCCAUCGUCAGUGAUUGUCAACGAAGAAGGUGGUCAGCGUGCGCUGCGCACCACGCUAAUUGCAGGCAACGGCCUUUGCACUGCCCACUCAAUGAAUCCGUGCACGAAGAAAGACACACCGACGAAAGCCACAAAUUGCAUUUACGAGGCUCAAGCGAUGAGGGUUGAUGGUUGGUGGAUCGACAGGCGCUGGGUCCAUCGGCUAGCUAUUGGCCACAAAGAUCGGGGGGGGGGAGUAUCACGUGAGACGCUAAAGAAGCGAGCGCCCACGACGCUUUUGCGUCUCCUCACGAGAACGGCUUCAGCGCUUUUUACUAACGACAGAAUAGCCCUCGAUAAGCCGCCAUCAUGUCGCUCGUCUCAGGAGAGAAGUCUAAGUACGUUCCCACGUCUUGAGCAUGCCGACGAUGCCUUCGUGACACGCACUCGCUUUCGUGCCCACGCCCGUCUGAGCCCGCCACUCGAUGCACGGCCUCUCCCCGAUCUGCGACAGCAUGCUGAAAGAGGAGGAUAUCGGUACCGACCGUCGUGGACGAGAAAUACAAUACACACAAUAGCGGAGGACUAGCAUACUGUCUGGAAACGGGAGAGGUGCUUGCAUCGGCGUGGCAGACUCGGUGGGCGCAGGCCUGCGAGCAGCGCGACGAUGCACACCUUGACUAUAAUGCGUGUGCGAACAGCAAUGCUGACUUGCCACAGCUUCCAGUACAUCAUCCGUUUGUUGAACACGAACGUCGAUGGAAAGCAGAAGGUCAUGUA